AUGUUGAAUAAGCAAAAAUGUAAAAAUAAAGCAUUCAAUGAAUAUGUAGGUGUCUUGGGUUUUUUUAAUAGAGAAUAUAAUGAAAGAUUUUCAGAUUUUCAUGAACACACUUCUGCUAUGAAACUGGCAUUUGAACCACAUUUAGUAGAUAUAUCCAAAGCUCCUAGGGAACUGCUAAUGGAGUUAUUUGAGUUGCGGGAAAAUAGUAUCCUCAAAUAUCUUUUUGAUGCUAAAAAGGAUCCGAUAGAAAUCUGGCAAAAUGCUGUUGAAUAUCCAUGCCUAGGAGAGUAUUCUCGUGGUUUACUUUCAUGUUUUGGAAGUACUUACUGCUGCAAGUCAACAUUUUCUCUCAUGACAAAAAGUAAAACUAGUUUAGGAACACAAAUUACAGGUGCUCAUUUUUUAGAGGAUCUACUAAAGCUACGCAUUACGAAGCUUGAUCCAAAUAUUCAAUUACUUUCAGGCAAGAAACAAAUGCAAAUAUCCCACUAA